AUGCCCAGGGUGAAGGCCAUGCUCGAGGCGGGGCCGCUGGACGGGGCCGCGAUCGGCGAGGCGGUCGAGGCAGAGGCGAUCGAGGCAGAGCUGCAUGGGCCGCUGCGCCGCCGCCUUCGUCUUCCCCGGGUGUUCGAGGGGGUGCUGGAGAUCGACCAGCCAUCGCGGCUGAGGCUUCACAUGAAGGGGUGUUGCCAUGGCGAAAUGUGGGUGAACACAGGGUUCCCCGCCCCUCAAGUGAUGCUCCUCCGUCAGGGCUGGAAAACCUUUGCACACGCCCAUUGCUUGAUGGAUGGCCACGUCCUCUGCUUCAAGCUAGCGAAGAGCGAUUUGCUCUCCGUCAAGGUCUUCGGGCGCUCGGGACACAUGCUAGGGUGCUGUGCGGAGAGCUCGACUGAUGGCGAAAGCUCCUCUUCGGGCGAGAGUGACGAGGAGGACAGCGACAACGAUGACCAGGGUAGUGGGCGGGAGGAUGAUGGGUCCGACUAG